CAGAAGGUAACACAAUGGAGAAAAUAUCAUGGUUACUAUGGAGCCUAUUCUUAACAGUAGCUAAAGCAGAAUUUCUGGACGAUUUAUUCGCCGUAUCCAAGUCCGAUGUAAAAAUUUACUUCAGCAACCGGAACAACAGCAACAACUUCAUUGAGGUCGAUCUCUCCGAUCCCCAGCAAGUGGCUACAGCCGGUUUUUCUAAGGCUAUAGACUCUUAUAUCUGCGUGAGGGCCUACAACGAGGAGACACUGUACAAAAACAACUCCUGCAAUCAAAUCAAGAAGGCCCUACUGGAACUGCACGAUGUGAAUUUCUUCUACGUCGAUUGGAGCAAAGUGAGCGAUACCAUCAACUACAUCGGCGUGCUCAUGAAGAUACCUAAAGUGGCGAAACUGGUGGCUCACAAGAUUUUAGAUUUGAUCAACAAGAGCGGAUUGGAUCCGAACAGGACUCAGCUGAUAGGAGCAUCAUUGGGAGCCCAAAUGGCGGGCGCAAUCGGCACGGAACUCGAAGGAAUCCUCUACCAAGUCGUCGGACUGGAUCCAUCAUCGCCGUUCCUAUCUCGCUUUUACAGCGGCAAUCGCAUGUCGAAGAAUUCCGGGCAAUUCGUGCAAGCUAUUCACACCGGUGGAUUCUUUUUCGGGUUUUUCGAUCCCCUAGGACACGCUGAUUAUUACGCUAACGGGGGAAGGUUGCAGCCGAGUUGUAAAUUUGAUUUAAUCGGAUUUUGCUCUCACACUAUGGUGGGGCAGUUGUAUAUCAAAACAUUGCAGGACGAGAAAUUAUUUUUGGCGAACAAGUGCGAUUCGGAGUUACAGUAUAAUUUGGGUGCUUGUCAGAACAACGAGAAGUCUUAUGUAGGAGGAUACCUCGUUGAUAGGAACAACCGGAACAACAGCAACAUCUUCAUAGAGGUCGACCUCUCCAAUCCCCAGCAAGUGGCUACCGCCGGUUUUUCUAAGGCUAUAGACUCUUAUAUCUGCGUGAGGGCCUACAACGAGAAGGGGCCAAGCACCACCUGCGAUCGAAUCAAGAAGGCCCUACUGGAACUGCACGAUGUGAAUUUCUUCUACGUCGAUUGGAGCAAAGUGAGCGACACCAUCAACUUCCUGAAAAUCCUCAUGAAGAUGCCGAAUGUGGCGAAACUGGUGGCUCGUAAAAUUAUAGAUUUGAUCAACAAGAGCGGAUUGGAUCCGAACACGACUCAGAUGAUAGGAGUAUCGUUGGGGGGCCAACUUGCCGGUGCAAUCGGUACGGAACUGGAAGGAAUCCUCUACCAAGUAAUCGGACUGGAUCCUUCUUGGCCGUUCCUCUCUCCCUUUUACAGCGGCAAUCGCAUGUCGAAGAAUUCCGGGCAAUUCGUACAAGCCAUUCACACAGGUGGGAUAUUUUUAGGGUAUUUCGAUCCCCUGGGACACGCCGAUUAUUACGCUAACGGGGGAAGGUUACAACCGAGUUGUAAAUUUGAUUUAAUCGGAUAUUGUUCUCACACUAUGGUGGAGCAGUUGUAUAUCAAAACUUUGCAAGACGAAAAGUUAUUUUUGGCGACCAAGUGCGAUUCGGAGUUACAGUAUAAUUUGGGUGCUUGUCAGAGCAACGAGAAGUCUUAUGUAGGAGGAUACCUCGUUGAUAGGAAGUAG